UCCUCUCUGCCUCGAGACUCGUGAGAGAAACCGGCUCGCUCUCGCUCUCGCUCUCUGUCUCUGUCUGUGUAGGGAGCGAGCUGGUCUUCUCUCCGAGGGGGAUCGUUCUCCAAUCUGAAACCCUAGGGGUUUCUUCUGGGGUUCGGUUCUCUCCCUCGCCGUAAUCCUUCCUCUGAUUUCCGACUCUACGAGGCGUUCUUGGGGGAGUCGCAGUUCGACAACUCGAAGCGGGGUGGAGCUAACGCGGAGUGACGGUUGUGCGACGUUUGUGCUUUGGGUCUUCUGGAUUGGAGCUUAAGGAUGGCGCAGAAUAACUGGGAAGCAGAUAAGAUGCUUGAUGUUUAUAUUCAUGACUAUCUGUUGAAACGGAAUCUGCAAGCAACUGCAAAAGCUUUCAUGGCUGAAGGAAAGGUUUCAGGAGAUCCAGUAGCAAUUGAUGCUCCGGGAGGAUUCCUUUAUGAGUGGUGGUCUGUGUUUUGGGAUAUUUUCAUUGCAAGGACCAAUGAAAAGCAUUCUGAGGUUGCUGCAGCUUACAUAGAGGCACAACAGAUAAAAGCAAGGGAGCAGCAACAGCAGCAGCAGCAGCAACAAUUCCAGAUGCAGCGAUUGCAACUCAUGCAACAGCAACAUCCUCAGAUGAUGCGUAGGGAUGGUAACCAUCCUGCUCUCAAUGGUACUUUAAAUGCCAUAAACUCUGAUGGAAUGUCGGGGACGCCACCAGCUACUGUAUUGGCUGCUAAAAUGUAUGAAGAACGUAUGAGGCAUCCCCACUCAGUGGAUUCUGAGGCAUCCCAACAACUGCUUGAUGCUAGGAGGAUGGCCCUUCUUAAGUCAGCAACCAACCAUCCUGGGCAACUGGUCCAGGGUAGUCCAGGCAGUGUAUCUGCUGCUCUGCAGCAUAUUCAGGCACGAAGUCAGCAGACAAAUGAAAUCAAGAGUGAGAUGGGUGUAGGGCAGAGAUCUUUGCCCAUGGAUCCCUCUUCGUUAUAUGGGCAGGGAAACAUACAAGCAAAAGCUGCAUUAGGUGCUGCAGGAUUGAACCAAGGUGUUAGUGGUCACCCAUUGAAGGGAUGGCCUUUAACAGGAUUUGACCAAGUACGCCCAAGUUUAGGUGCACAAGUGCAAAAGCCUUUUAUGACUACUCAAAAUCAGUUUCAACUUUUCCCAUCGCACCAACAACAACAAUUCUUAGCAGAGGCCCAAGCGCAAACUAGCCUAGGCAGCUCACUCAACUAUGGGGAAAUGGAUCCACGAAAAUUCAGGGCCUUGCCUAGGGGUGGUUUGAAUGGUAAAGAUGGUCAAGUCAGUGGAAAUGAUGGAUCGAUCGGUUCCCCAAUUCAAUCAAAUUCUCCAAUGGUCAGACAGGAUCAAUCUGAAUAUCUAAUGAAGUCGAAGGUGGCCCAGAUGCAGCAAUCCUCUAAUCAGCAACAACAGGAACUGCAACAGCAACAACAGUUGCGACAAGCACCAAAUAGGAAUGUUAGGAAAAGGAAACCGCCUACUUCUUCUGGAGCUGCAAACAGUACUGGUACAGGAAAUACUGUUGGACCCUCUCCCAACUCCCCUCCAUCAACUCCAUCCACUCAUACACCUGGUGAUGGAGUUGCAGCUGCUGGUAAUUUGCAACAUGUAACCAACAUGUCAAAAAGUUUAAUGAUGUAUGGUGCAGAUGGAACAGGUGGACUUGCUUCUUCAUCAAAUCAAAUGGAUGACUUGGAGCACUUUGGGGAUGUUGGUUCUUUGGAUGAUAAUGUGGAAUCAUUUCUGUCACAAGAAGAUGGAGAUGCAAGAGAUAUAUUUGCUGCAUUGAAAAGUAGUCCUGCAGAACACAACACAGAGUCUUUAAAGGGUUUUACCUUUACUGAAGUCAGUUCUAUCCGUACAAGCAAUGGCAAAGUUGUUUGCUGCCACUUCUCUUCAGAUGGAAAGCUACUGGCCAGUGCUGGGCAUGAGAAGAAGGCUGUUCUCUGGAACAUGGAUACUCUACAAACAGAGAGCACUCCUGAGGAACACUCUUUUAUUAUUACGGAUAUCCGUUUUAGGCCAAACUCAACUCAGCUGGUUACAUCAUCUUUUGAUAGAACUGUGCGACUUUGGAAUGCUGCUGAACCAAACUUUAGUUUGCACACGUUUGCUGGGCACAGCUCCCAAGUGACCUCGCUAGAUUUUCAUCCUAAGAAGACGGAUGUUUUCUGCUCUUGUGAUGGAAAUGGUGAAAUUCGGUACUGGAAUGUCAGCCAGUAUUCAUGCUCCCAUGUUUCUAAGGGUGGUACAGCACAAGUAAGAUUUCAGCCCAGAAUUGGACAUCUUUUGGCUGCAGCUGCGGAAAAUGUGGUGUCCAUUAUUGAUGUCGAGACAGAUAUGAAGACACUCACGUUACAGGGUCAUAACAAGGAAGUACACUCUGUUUGUUGGGAUGCAAAUGGAGACCAACUGGCAUCUGUUAGUCAGGAUUCUGUUAAAGUCUGGUCUUUGACAUCAGGGGAAUGCAUUCAUGAGCUAAGCUCCAAUGGGAACCAGUUCCAUACAUGCAUAUUCCAUCCAAGAUACCCUAAACUUCUGAUCAUUGGAGCUUAUCAGACUUUGGAGCUGUGGAACAUGGCUGAGAACCAGACCAUGACGGUUCAGGCACAUGAAGGCUUGAUCGCAGAUUUGGCACAGUCGCCUUUCACUGGAAUUGUUGCCUCUGUGAGUCAUGACAGAUCUGUUAAGAUAUGGAAAUAGGCAAAGUUGGUGACUGGACUUCUUUUUGAUGGCACUUUGUCAGCUGUCAAAAAAAGUAAAAAGUGAAGCGAGGAUGAUGCGCAGUACUGUUUUUUUUUUAUAUUUGUCUGUCAAUUAGGUGGAGGUUUUGAAGGCAAUAAAAUCACAAAUUUGGUGUAAUGGUCAUAGGUUGUAUCAAAAGAAAACAGCAGGUCAUAGUGCCGUAUUUUCUGUAAAUUCAUAUGGAUGUACAUGGAUAAUUUGCCUCAUCAACCUUUGUUGGUUGAAAAACUUUCAGCAUAUUGGGAUUUUGUUCAUCCUACCUGCAUCUGGAUGGGAUGGGCAUAAUUUAUUUUGGCGUGACAUUUUUCUUA